CUGUCUGUACAGCAGAGAAGCAAUGGUUUUCCAUUAGAGUAAAACCUAAACAUAUUUACGAAACAUUUGUUUUUUAAAUGAUUUGUUUGUGAUUUGAAACAUGAGUGACAAUAAGGAUGUGUCGAAUACGGUUAGCAGUGAGUCCUCGAGUAGCAGCAGUUCCAGCGAUGAUAACUCUUCAGACACUGAUAGUAGCAAUUCGUCCGAAGAACAGACAAAGAAAGAUAAAACUUCUAACGAAGACUUGCAUCAGCUUUUAGAUAAUUAUCCCGAUGUUUAUGGAGUGCGGCGUUCGGCCCGCUCUCGAAAAGAGCCCCAACGCUAUACUGUAGAGAACGCCGAAUCCGAUGGAAGCGAUACGAAGAAGAAAACUAAAAGAUCCAAAAGGAUUGAUUCUGGUGAUUGGGAUUCGGAUGACAGUAGUAGUGAUGAUAAGAAAGAGCGAAAGCCGGCGCCUCGAAGAGCAAAACCGGUCAAAACGAAACGAAUUGUUUGUUCGUCUUCGGGAACAGAGAGCGAUAGUGACGACCAAAGGAGGAAAGCGACGCGAAGAGCAACUAAUAAGAAAGUGAGUUAUAAAGAACAGAGCGAUCACACGGACUCUGACGACCUCAUGGAAGUCGAUUGGACCGCAUAUGAAGCCGAAGCCGCAGCAGAAGAUGGAGAGACCGUUGAGAGGGUUUUGGAUCACCGGAAAGGGAAGAGAGGCGCCACAGGACUGCCCACAGCUCCCUAUCAGGUCGAGGAGAACGGAGAUCCAAAUAAUGGCGAAGAUUGCGAUGAAAAAGAGCUUCAAUUUUAUAUCAAAUGGAAGAAUUGGUCGCAUUUGCACAACACGUGGGAAACCGAAGAAUCUUUGAAAGAAGUGAACGCAAAAGGCAUUAAAAAAGUGGAGAAUUACUUGAAAAAAGAAGAAGAAAUCAGAUUUUGGAAAGAAUCGAUGGCAACGCCCGAAGACAUCGAUUACUACGAUUGUCAGGAAGAGAUGGCACUUCAAUUGAGACAAUUGCAUAUGAAUGUGGAGCGAAUCAUAGCCCACCAGCUCUCCAAAGGCAGUGAGACACCACAUCCGGAGUAUUUGUGCAAAUGGGAAGGUCUGCCAUACCUGGAGUGCACGUGGGAAGACGGGGCUCUCAUCCAGAAGAAGUUCCCCAUUCAUAUCGAACAAUUCGAAUCGAGACAAAAAUCACAGAAAAUUCCCACCAAAUUAUGCCGAGCGUUGAAAGUGAGGCCUAAGUUUGUUGCGCUCAAAACACAACCCGAUUAUAUCGGAGGUAAAGACCAGUUGGAGUUACGAGACUAUCAAUUGAAUGGUCUUAAUUGGUUGGCCCACUCCUGGUGUAAAGAAAAUGGUGUUAUUUUGGCCGAUGAGAUGGGUUUAGGGAAAACUAUUCAGACGAUUAGUUUUCUGUCGUACCUCUUCAACCAUCACAGCCUUUACGGGCCGUUUCUAUUAGUGAUUCCGUUGUCAACGAUGGCCUCGUGGCAGAAGGAGUUUGAGAUCUGGAAUCCAGAAAUCAAUGUCGUUGUCUACUUGGGAGACGUCGGCAGUCGUAAUAUGAUUCGCUCGUAUGAAUGGUGUCAUCCGGGAAACAAGAGACUCAAAUUCAAUGUCUUGUUGACUACUUAUGAGAUUCUUCUCAAAGACAGAAGCUUUUUAGGAGCAGUGAAUUGGGCUGUUCUGGGCGUCGAUGAGGCCCAUAGACUCAAGAACGACGACUCACUACUCUAUAAGUCACUCUUUGAAUUCCAGACAAACCAUCGUUUGCUGAUAACCGGCACUCCGUUACAGAACUCGUUGCGAGAGUUGUGGGCAUUACUUCACUUCAUAAGUCCCUCCAAAUUCGACUCUUGGGAUGACUUCGAGAACGACCACAAAGACUCUGACAAUAAGGGAUAUUCAAAACUUCACAAACAAUUGGAACAGUUUUUGCUCAGAAGAGUGAAGAAAGAUGUGGAGAAAUCGCUUCCGGCAAAAGUGGAACAAAUACUUAGAGUCGAAAUGACUUCCAUUCAGAAACAGUAUUACAAAUGGAUUCUAACGAAGAAUUAUAAAGCGUUGACUAAAGGAGUGAAGGGAAGUCUUACCGGUUUUGCAAACAUAAUGAUGGAGUUGAAGAAGUGCUGUAAUCACGCGACACUCGUCCGACCAGUCGAUGACUUGACAUCAUUAGAGCCUUUGCAGCGAUUGAUUCGGUGUUCGGGAAAACUUUUAUUACUUGACAAACUUUUGUGUAGACUCCGUGAGACCGGACACCGGGUCUUAAUAUUCUCACAAAUGGUCAGAAUGUUAGACAUUUUAGGCGAAUAUUUAGCAUUGCGUCGAUUUCCGUACCAACGACUCGACGGUUCCGUCAGAGGAGAGAUUCGAAAGCAGGCUUUGGAUCAUUUCAAUGCUGAGGGCUCUCCAGACUUUUGUUUCCUUUUGUCGACUCGCGCGGGAGGUCUUGGUAUCAAUUUGGCCACCGCUGACACUGUUGUCAUUUUUGAUUCCGAUUGGAACCCACAGAACGAUCUUCAGGCACAGGCCAGGGCUCAUAGGAUUGGUCAGAAAAAUCAGGUGAAUAUCUAUCGAUUAGUUACUAAAGGCAGUGUCGAGGAGGACAUCAUUGAACGCGCGAAGAGAAAAAUGGUUUUGGAUCACCUCGUCAUCCAACGAAUGGACACAACCGGGAGGACUGUAUUAGCGAAAGAUAGUGCGGAUACGCGUUCUUCCAAUUCUAAUCCCUUUAAUAAGGAAGAGUUGGCAGCGAUUCUCAAGUUUGGAGCCGAAGAACUGUUCAAAGAAGGAGAAGAUGGAGACGACGAACUCCAGUGUGAUAUCGAUGAGAUCCUUCGCAGGGCUGAGACUCGUGAGGAUGUGUCGCAAACAGUUGGCGACGAAUUGCUCUCUGCUUUUAAAGUCGCGAGUUUUAACUUUAACGAAGACGAAGACAUGAGUGCCUUAAGUGCUCAGACGCCUCCUGUGGACGACCAGAACAAAGACAAGGAUUGGGAAGAGAUUAUACCCGAAGCGGACAGAAUGAAGAUAGAAGAGGAAGAGAAGAUCAAGGAGGAGAUGGAGAUGUUUUUGCCGCCCAGAAGUCGCAAAUCGGCGCAACAGUCGGGCGCGCCGUCAGACAGUGGAGAGGAAUACGAUCCGAAUCGAGUGAAAGACAAGGACGACGUCGGGAGCGAUGAUUCUGAUGGCGAUAAGCCUAAAAGACGGGGUCGUCCUAAGGCUUCGCCACGAGAGUCGGUGAAAGGCUUUUCGGAGACGGAAGUGAGAAAAUUUGUUAAAAGCUUUAAAAAAUUUCCCAAUCCUUUGAAGCGAUUGGAAUCAAUAGCUAUUGACGCAGAACUCCAAGAGAAACCAAUGGCUGAUCUCAAACGCAUAGCCGAAGCAUUACAAACUGGUUGUGAGAAUUCUGUCAAAGAAUACAACGAAAAAAUGAAUUCCGAAAAUCAAAACGAAGACAGCAAUCUGAUCACUAAUAAUAAUAAGAAGAACAAUAGGGGACCGAACUUUAAGUUAGGCGGAGUCAGUGUUUUUCCUAAGAAUAUUCUCUCGUGUGAAAAAGAAUUGGAACCGUUGGACCUGUUGUUACCACCGACUCUCGAUGAAAAGAAAAAAUGGGUCUUAAAGUCGAAAGUAAAGGCAGUGCAUUGGGAUGUGCUUUGGGGUAUUGAAGAAGACUCUCGUCUUUUAGCCGGUGUUCAUGAGUACGGUUUGGGCAGUUGGGAGGCCAUCAAAAUGGACCCCUCAUAUGGAUUGGCGGACAAAAUCCUCGUAGACGGAGACCAAAAGCCUCAGUCCAAACAACUUCAGACACGAGUCGAGUAUUUAUUAAAGUUUAUGCAUAAACUGAUAACCGCUCAAAAACUUCAGGCCGAGGCCUCUAAACCUAAAUCUAAAAGAGCAGUGAAUGCGAAAAACGGCGGCAUUUCUAAAGUUAAACAAAAUGCUAAUGACAUGAAAGGAAACGAUGAAAAUAAAUCAAAAGACAAGAAUAAGAACAAAGAAGACAAGAAAAAAUCAAAGUCUAAAGAGAAGAAGAGUAAAGACAAAGAACACAAACAUAAGGAUAAACACAAGAAAAAGGAUAAAAAGAAGAAGAAAAAGGCAAAAGAUAUGGACCUAAACUCUUCAAACAAUUCGACAGCCCUUCCAAACAAUGAGUUGAGCGACGAUUUGGAUCCCAAAAUGUUUGAAGAGUGCAAAGAAAGGAUGAGACCCGUGAAGAAGGCACUCAAAGCGCUCGACAAACCAGACAUUUCGCUCUCCAAGACUGAACAAAAGUCUCAUUAUAUGCAACACUUGCGUACUAUUGGUGUCCGAAUUGACGAAUGCCUUCAGGAGUUCUCUUCAGAUCCGACUAAAUCCAAAGAAUGGCGAAACCUUUUGUGGACUUUUGUUUCAAAGUUCACUGAAUAUCACGCGAAAAAGUUAUACAAACUGUACAAACAUUCGAUUAAAUCCGAAAGCAAGGCCUCCGACGGAGCGUAUUCUUCGAGAAGGGAUCGACACGACAGACACUACACUAAGCAAUCAUCAAAUCAUUCCUCAUUUAAUCCAUUGAAACGCGAGUCUUCCUCUGGUUUCUCACCGAAUAAGUCGAUGAAAAAAGAAGAAUACAAACACGAAGAAUACAAUCUGUUUGAUCCAAAAGCGAGUGCUCCAUACGCCAGCGGUGCCAACGUAUCUCAAUCGCAGAACUAUAGGAGUGGUUGGUCUAAACACGACAACAUGGGCUCAAUCAGACCUAUGCCUUAUGAAAGGGGAGACGUUAGGGGCGAUCACUACUCAAAACCAAAGUAUGGAUCUCGCGAUGAAAUGGAUCGCAAACACCGGUAUCCAAAUGAUAGACAUUUUUACAAUACGCCACCGAAUGUACCUCAAGGCCAGCGUUCGGCUUCAUAUGGAAAUCAUUCGCAACAACCGGGACAACACUCGGCCCCAUCGGGUCCCGAUAGAACUCACACCCAAUACGAACAGCACUACUUUUCUCACAGCAGUGUUAGUGUACCCAUCAAUCAGUCCAAUCAAUACCAGUCCUCCUGGUCUUCGUCUUCGUUCAACGGUCCACGAGAGCAACCAUAUCAUCGAAACCCAGUGGACAGCUAUAGGCGACCAUUCGGUCAUAAUUCUGACGAAAAAACUUCACUCAACCGUUGACACCACGUGACUAAUGGUUGUCUUAUAUAUACUGUAAUUGAAUUGAAUUUAUUGAUUCUUCUACACGUCUUAUACAUCAAUUGAACGAAUGCUCACUUCCAAUGAUUGACGUGUUUUGGUUACAAUAAGUUGUAUUGAAAUCGGUUUUGCAUUCAUUUUUAGAUGAUUUUCGGGAACAAAAACUAAUGAAUUGAUAACUUGUAUAAAACAAAGUUACGACCCA